GAUAAAAACCCAGGUUCCCAGGCCCCGACAAACAAUAGCUAGUGGAGCAUCCCCGUCUGGUCACUCCUAUCUCCUCCUCCAACCAGAAGCACAGGACCAGCCACCGCCUCAAACCUGCCGCCGGUCCGACUCCGUAAGCAGUUGACCUAUAGAUUGACCAUCCAGCUCACGCACCAUGUCCUUUGCGUUUUUUGUCACGGCGAUGCUUCUGGGCUCUUCAGUGGCGAUCGCGUUUGUCUUGCAGCCAUCCAGUGAAGAGCCUUCGACCUCUGCUGUUUCCCGUCACAGUUGCCAGGGUGGGUCAUCGCAGUCCAUCAGGACGGCCCUCCUGGGACUCCUCAACUUGCAGGCUGAGCCGGCGUUGCCUGCUGGUGGGCUGGAUGGUAUCAGGGAGCAAUGGAGGACCACGUUCAGCACCGUCGCUGGCAGCGCCAAGGACACAGCAACUCCAGUGGCUUCUGGCAACUCUGUGUCGACUACUGUUUGCAACAGUACGAGCCUGGAGUGCUGCUCCAUGGCCUCCGAGAUCUUCGUGAAAGAUCUGGGAUGGGACAACUGGGUUCUCCACCCCGCCAGCCUGACCAUUGUUCAGUGUGUACUCUGCGACCCGGAAGGGAGCCCCGAGCAAUGUCCACCGAGCCACGCCAAUGUCCAGGAGGCCGACCCACAGGCGCCGCGCUGUGUGCCCAUCGCCCAGGAAAUGGUGCCUGUUGUGUACCUGGACGAACUCAGCACCCUCGUCAUUUCCUCCGUGCAGCUGACCCGCAGCUGCGGCUGUGAUCCUGUCGGCCUCUAGCCGAGUGAAGUUUGUUUUCACAGUUCUCAGUAUGUGAGCCACCUGGCAAACAAGCAAACACGCAAAAUAUAUUAAAAACAUGUGGGUUAUACAUCACAUGCAGACCUAUCUUCUCUCCCUUGACUUAUCUUAGACUCUUACAGUGUGUACGCGGCACGGAGCGUGGGAACCAAAGCAAAGUUUCUCCAAGAACUCGGUUUUGCAUUCCUGUUUCUCCGUUCGAGCUAGGAUGUGUCAUCUGUUCAGCAGCAAAAAAGUGAUCAAAUAGAAAUUGAACGGUAUGACUGAUGAUGCUUUCUAAAUGACAUGUUACUCAUGUGAAAUUACAAUCUGAGUUUGCAGGCUAUUAGAUUUGGACGUUUUUUAUAGACUUCUGUAGAUGAAUAGUAUUAGAAUAAUCUCUCUUGCACCAAGAGCUGUAAGUGAAGUGCAUCUGAAACCCAUCUUGUACUACAGAGCGCUAUUUAAAGCUACUAACUGUUACUGAGUGUUCCCUUUCAAAAAUGUGAGACUUUGCAGAGCCAAAUCCCUGCACAGGCAGGAUGUCUCCUCUUUCAUGCGUGAAACAGCUAUUUCCUCUUAUGGGCAAGAAAUCAAUUCAAUCCCAAAAGUCUGACUGAGUUCAAAUGAAAAAAAAAGGUUUUCCUGAUGUGUAAAUUAGGUAUUUGCUUGCCAUUUUGAAGGUUACGCCUUUUUUGCAGGGAGAGUAACGAGAGAAGAUUGUGUCAUCAAGUUGAACUCACUCCACCUACAACUUAAAUCACAACAUCUGUGCUUUGCUUUUCCAUAAACAGGCAUUGGCCCUCCUCUCUUUUCAUGUUUUAACUGGUAGAAGAGAUGAAGUCAAUAAUGCUGCUCUGCAAACUUCCAAAAACUUUAACUGCACGACUAAAGGAGAAAAAGAAAGAAAGUCAUAGUACUAGUACACUUAAAGUAUCACGUUUGUGUUUUGCUGUGAUGUGUUACUUUGUCCACAAUAAUGACUGAAUUGAAGCCUGGCUGACAAUAAACUAAAAUUUACAUAACAUGUGCAUUUAUAUGCCUUUGUAACUGCUUAGUUCUUAUAGGUCUGUUUGACCAUUUUUCAUGAUUAGUUUGAGUUUCUCAUUUUGUUGUAUGACUUUGCAAAGUUACCUCACCCUUCUGUUUUUCACGAUUUUUUUCACAAAUAGACUACUACUUGUCAGAGGGAUAUAUCACCCCAACUCAAUCAAUACGUAACAAUAAAAUGUUUUAAUGUGCUUAUGACGUUGUUAAUCGCUAUUUGAAUAAAGCUGAUUGAAAGACACGA